GCUACGCUAGCUAACUCUACCAGAGCAAUUCCCGCCGCCGCGACCCUCAGACCCCGCCAAAGCAAGAUGAUCCUCACAACUUGCGCCGCCUGCGCCGCCCCACUGGCCCACACCGCGCCGCGAUGUAUUAGAUGCCACACGAGAUACUGUAACAAAACUUGCCAGCAUGACCACUGGCGCCGCGGUCACAAGCAGAUGUGUAAAAAAAUACACCGCGGCGGCAACGCCGAGCAAUACCACGCCAACAAAAAAUAUAAGGAGGCCGUCGCGGUCGCGGUCGAGAAAUGCGCGGACGACACGAAGGGCCAGACGUGCUACAUUUGUACGCAGGCGCUCCAUUGGAAAACGAAGGAGGGCCUCGUGCGCGGGUGUGCGUGCCGCGGGACGGCGGGCUUCGCGCAUGUUUCUUGUCUGGCGGAGCAGGCGAAGAUUUUGAUGGACGAGGCCGAAUGCCUUGGAAUACUUAUCACUCGCAUUUUUGGGAUUAGGGGGUGA